AUGCCUUUUAAAACACCCUUAGGCGAAAGGGAAGUCAACGUUACAGCGCCUAUCUUUAUACGAGUAAGUUUUUUAAACAAAUGUCUUGAGCUCAUCUUGUUCUUUGUUUUGUGAAUUUUCAAAAAAUAAAACUUUUUAAACAAAAAUUUUAAAAUCAACAAUUAGUUUUUUUUAAUUUCAACAACAAAUACCGUAUAAUUCAAAUACAAAUAAUUUUGUAGCCACUACAAGACCGGCGUGUUAUCAUCGGCCAGCCAGUCCGACUAGAAUGCCAGGUCGAAGGUCAUCCGGAGCCAGUUAUAAAAUGGCUAAAAGACGGACAAAAUGUUACCACAUGCCCCGAUUAUGAAGUAAGUUGAAUCUGUUUAGGUUUACUUAAUUUUUAGGUAAUACAAAGUGGCAACAAACAUACGUUGCUUAUCGCUUGUGCCCAAGGUGCUGACUGUGGUCGAUUCACGCUACAAGCCAUGAACACCGGCGGUAUUAAACAGUCAACCUGCAUGUUAAUCGUCGCUCCUGCACCAACUCCCGUCCCUGGAACCGCAGCUAGUAUGGCGUAAGGCAAAACUUUUAAUUUUUGUUAUACUUAAAACAAAAAAAAAUAUUAGGAGUAAUAUAAUUUAUAAUACUACUGUAUCAAUAACAACAAAAUUACAGAAGCUCCCCAGCACCGCCGAUGACUCCAGUAGGACCAUCAGCACCCUUCUUUAUCAAAGAGCUGCGCAAUCAGCCGUUUAAACCAAGCGGUGUAGCCGUACUAGAAGCCAGAGUAGUUGGUGUACCCGUUCCUACUGUAGAAUGGUUGAAAGACGGAAAACCCUUCAACAAUUACAGGUAACAAUGCUCAUAUCAUAGUUUUAGUUAACACUUUCUAAACUUAACUGUAAAAAUAAUUUAGGGUCAUCACGGAGUACGAUUCCCAGUCAGGAAUCUGUCUUCUGACUAUCCCACAAUUAUUCCCAGAAGAUCAAGGAGAAUAUACAUGUCAAGCUUCAAACACGAUCGGAGUUACAAUAUGUUCUGCAUAUGUGAGCUCUUUAAUAUUUUGAAGACGUGUUACUAUAACUCCAAUAAGUUUCUGACCAUAAUUUUCAGAUUCUUCCGAAAGACGAAUACGAUAAAUGGCUGUCAAACGAACGAGCUUCGUUUACUAGAGAAAAGAAACAACGAAUGAUUGCGCGUCAUGAACAACAUCCAAGACCACCAAGUGCGACAAUCAGAAACGUCGAUAAACGAGGACUUUUGUCACCAAACUUUUCCGAUACUGAUACGGUAAGAUUAAAGACAUAAAACAUGUAAAAUUUAACUCUAUAUUGUACUGCUAGACUAAUCAUAAUUUUAAAACUGUUAAGGCAUGGGGACAAAGUGAAUCAGAAACCGAACCCGAACUAGCUUCACUCAAUCUCCACAAAGAAAACGGCCCUGGCGUAGCUCCGUUCUUCAGGAGUGAAAUGAGAAGUCUGAAGCUUACCGAAGGCACCGACGCCGUUUUUCAAUGUAAUAUUGGAGGAAACCCCAAACCUAGAGUAAGUGAUUUACUACGUUUUAAAUAAAACUGCUUAUACAUAGAUAAAAGCUUAUGUGUGACUACUUCAGAUUACAUGGUAUCUAAACGGUCGAGUUCUGGAAGCAUUUGGAGAACCACGAAGACAGUUCAGCUACCGUGGUUCCAGUGUGACUCUCAAGGUCAGCGACGUCAAACAGUCGGAUCGUGGAGAAUACCAACUGAUUUUGGAAAAUCCGUUUGGGAAAGUAAGUGGUGAAUCGAUUAUAAUCUCAGGUAUUGAUGUACUGUGAAGAAACUCAGGUUAAAGUAUUGUCUUCAAGCUCAAAAUUCCUUCACCGUUUCAAAGUGUAAACCUGAUAAAUAACUACUAAUCAAUAUGAGUUGCCUUCAUUUUUGUUCACUCAUCCCUCUGAACUUUGACCGAAACCAAAUCGGCCAUUUAAAUAAGUAUAAAAUGUAAUCAAUUACUGGCUUAUCGCUUUUCCUGAUCCGUCUUGACGCCGUUAAUCUAGUUCCGGCCCAUGCUAGCCCUAUGCAUGGUCGCACACACAACGUUUUUAAUCUCUGUUCUAUGUGAUAAACAGCAAACAAUCGGGAGGAGGAGGCCGGAUAACUGUUUUUCAAAAGUUUUUUCGGCCAAUAGGGGCAUUGGUACGUGUGUGUCGGGGACUGCGUUCUUCAGGCGUUAAUCGUUUUCAAAAAGGUUUUGAUCUGGCUGAAGAAAAGCUUGAGGCACAGGUAAAAGCCGAGGCCUCUGGAAAAAAGACUGGUUCCUUUUUUCGACUCCUUCCUACCCCGGGAGCACUUGCACCUUUUGUCAUUGAGGAGGGAUUGGGAAGGUCCGUUUUUUAUCUUUGAUGGUGCAAUGAUGGGUCGGCCUGAAAGGUGGGGGCGAACGCUUCGUUUCCUCCGGGGUUGAAGACCUCACUUGAGCUUGGCCUGUCCAUGAAAGAUUUCCUUGACUUGUAGCUCUUUCGAUUUUUAAUAGUUAUUACUUCCUUUAAUCUCAUCUCAUACUGUAUGAGAUCAACAAUACAAAUUAAUUGUAUUGUAACUUUAUUUGGAUGUUUUAGUUAUAAAAUUAAUUUAAGCAUUCUAUUGUCAGAACUGGGUGUUUUAAAACACUUCAGUUUGUGUUAGGGAGCUGCUCACCGUGUUGUCCCGCAUUAACGUUCAAAUUUCUCCACCCCGAACUGACAUAUGAGAUGCAUUAGCAACUCAACUCCACUGGCUAAGUUUUGUGUUUUCAGGUUCAGAGUUCGGUUCGGAUCGAGGUAUUUGCACUACCAUCUGUCCAGCCGGAGACCGUUGGCCCAUCUACGUCGAGAACGCUCGUUCAAGUCCAGCAGCAGAGACAAGAACAGCCUAAGUCGUCGCAACCAGCAGCCAAAGUCGUGCCAAAAGCUCAGCCCGUCAAAAAUCCGGCUCCCCCUGUGCGACAGCCAGUCGUCCAGCAACCAGUUACGCAAGUUGAAGAGCAACGUCCUGUGCAACAACAACCACAGGAACUUCCAGCUCCAGAAACAAAACAAAGGCAGCAACGUUUUGUUAACUGGGGACGUGGAAUACCUUCGCCAGCAGCAUUUUACCAACGAGAACGCGAAGCCCAAAUCCAACAAAAAGCUCUAUCACCUUUAAAGGAUCGGGUUGUUACUUUACCAAAACGGCACGAUACUUAUCAAACCGAAGCUGUUACUACUCCAGCUAAUUUUUUGCCACAACGACAAACAACACAACAGUUUGUGCAUCAGAAAAAGACCCAACGGGAUCUUUAUCAACCACAAUAUUCACGUAACUUGCAACAAACAAGUGCGUAUCAACAACUUCAACAACCGACUUACACUCAGCUAGAAACACAACAACAAUACCAGCCCAGUCGGCCACAACAAGAUAUAUAUCACAAACCACAACAAACUGCACGUCCAGUUCAACAUCAACCACAAGCUACCCAGCCCGUUCAUCAACAACAAUAUAACGUUAUUGAUCUAAACUUGCCAAGCACACAACCGGCAACUUUCCGUGACCUAGACUUCUUAUUCUACGAUACUGACCGAGGUAGUCAGUACGUACAUCCAUACUUGAAAAAACCAGAACAAGUUCAGUACGAACUUGAAAGACAGCAAAGAAGAGAAGACGUCAUGGUAAGUAAUAUCACAAGAUUUUAUUGCCUUUACUGGUUUCUUUUUAUGAUAUUUUUUUAACAUCUUGAAACUUCUUAUUUUACUUUUCAAACUAUAUUGUCAUUGUAAAUUGAAUUGCUUUGGCAAAAGUAUUUUCUAAAAAUAUAUUGUGGUUAGCUGUUACUCAAAAUGAUCAACAACUUUGUUUACAGGCUUCAAGAUUCAGACAAUCGGGAAACGUGAAGGCGGCCGGUGAGUUGUUUUUUUUAUUUUACCACCUUGAUCUCCACUGCCUUGAAGCGUGCAAAAGCGAACGCUUGCUGGUGGGAGUAGCAGCUGUUCUCAAUCAAAAGUUGAACCCGAUUUAAAAAAUAAAUAAUUCCAGAGGUGGGCAAGCCGUACUUCCUUACCAAGUUCCCACCAAAUCUUUCCAUCCAUGAAGGCGAAGGUGUUACUUUGUACGCCAAGGCCAGCGACGACGUUACGAAACUAACAUGGAGCCGCGACGGAGCUCCAGUUAGCAAUGGUGAAAAAUACAAGUAAGAGCUAAGAAAGAAAUUUUAAAACAAAACCGAAAGUUACCACCUUCAAAAGUAAAAAAAAAUAAAACACUAAACAAUUAUGUAUUUAAUAACAGGAUCGAAAGCAAAAGUGCCAACGAAAGUGUUUUGGUCAUUUCCAACGCUACAUUGGCCGAAGGAGGAUGGUACCAAUGUGAAGCCACUUCUCCAGAAGGCACAGCACAAUGUAAGGGAAGAGUCGUUGUCAAAGCACGCAAAAACAUCGAUGAAGAACAAGUCGAACGCGUUACUUUGAGAAAGAUCGACAGAUCAAAACAACUGUAAGUAAACGUUGAAAAAAGGUUAAAAACCGAGAAUAUUAUAGUAAAAAUAAAUAAAAAACAAAAAAUGGUAGUAAACCUUAUUUUUUAUAUAAAAAACCAAUAAUUUCUUUAUCCUAAAUUUUUUCUUCAAAGAUAAACAUAAGACACAGGAUUUUGUUCUAGAAAAUGCGUCAGCAUGAUUGAUUUUGCAGACGUUCUUUUUUCAAAUAAAAAGAUUUUGUUUUGGAGGAUUUUCAGUAAAAAGUUAAAAGUAAAAACACAAAAUAUCCCUUUUACUUCAAUUUAACGAUUUAAAAAUAUAUUGUAAGCAUUAUUACGUUAUUUUAAGUAUGGAACGUUUAUAUUUUAGCCAAAACGCUCGAUUGACGCAAGAUAUACCCCAAUCCAAGGAAGCUCCAAAGUUCUUGAGCAAGCUGAAUGGUGCCACUUUGAACGAGGGUCAACACGCUUUGUUGGAUGUGAAGUUUGGCCCAACUGACGAUCCCAAUGUUAAGGUUGCUUGGCAGCUCAACGGAAAGCCGAUUCUUGCCUCUUCCAGAAUCACAACAUUGUUCGAUUUUGGUUAUGCUGUGUUGGAGAUCAACCCAGUUACUGUGUUUGACCAUGGAGAAUAUACUGUCAUUGUCAUUAACCAAUUGGGAGAAGUUCGCCAAUCUGCCAAUGUUGAAGUAGCUGGUAAGCAUUUAGUAUUAUGUUAUACGAUGAACACUUACAGUAUUUUUGGUAGUUAGAAUGCGAAUUAAUUAUCCUCAGUGAUAUUUAUUGUUUUUUUACUUGCAAGUAGAUUCUCGAAUCACAAAAACAAAUUGCCCUCAAGGCUUAUAAAUAAUAUCUGGCAUUUGGACGAUUUGUCACUCAGAACUUUUGAUUCUUGUGACUAAUCGAGAUUAUGCAACAGGUAUCCGCAGCGAUUCGGUCAUCAAUUAUAUCCAAACUCAAGGAGAUGGCAACGUUCCGGUUGGAUCCAACAAAACAGUUGACCGCCCCAACUUCCACUCUGAUCUGCGAUCACAAGAACUCUUCGAGGGCCAGCCCUUGCAUCUCGAGACCAAAUUGACACCCAUUAACGACCCCGGCCUUAAUGUCCAAUUCUACUUUAACGGCAAUCCUGUUCAGCCAAACGACCACGUCCAGAUCCAAGUUCAAUCAGGAUUCGUGGUGUUGCACAUUGAGAAUGUGUCGGAACAAGACGGUGGAUACUACACAGUAACUGCUACCAACGAUGCUGGAAUCGCCGAAACUAGUGCUACUGUUGUUGUAGUUCGUAAGUUGAGAGAUACAAUUCUAAAUGUUUUUAGCUCGCCUGGAGAACGUCGAUCACUCCCAGAUCUUGGACGUCGAAGAUCAGCUGGAACUUCAACAUUCGAUUCAUGCCAAACAGCUCGGUGCUCCUCAAUUUGUUCAGCAGAUUCAGAGCUACGAUUGCGAUCGUGAACUGGGAAGAUCGUACUUUGAAGCUCGUUAUGAACCAGCCAGUGAUCCUAGUCUGACUGUGCAAUGGCUAAAGGACGGAAAUCCGUUGUCAAAUGCCAACAGAAUUCAGGUAGUUGUUAUACUUUUAAAAUACUUUUAAAAAUGAAAUUUUACUACUUUUAAAAAUACUUUUAACUAUUAAAAUUGAAAAAAUUUUAAAAAAAUGUAUAAACUUUCAGACUGUGAACAGCUUCGGCUUUUUGUCAUUGACAAUCCACCCAACUUACCCUGAAGAUGCCGGUACCUACACCUGUCUCAUCAGAAGUAACCUUGGAGAAGCCGAGUGUUCUGGAGAAUUGACCGUUGUUACUCCAGAAGCCCUUCAUCUGGAAUCGCUUCACGAGAGCGCUCUUCCAGCCAUAAAUGACAUCGAUGGCUUUGAAGUUCACAUUGGUCCUGUUCCCACCGAAAGACCUGAAGAGUUCAACAGUCAGGAAGCUCCGAAGAUGGUACGCCAACUUAAAGGUAACGCCGAGGUUCAAGAGAACGAGCCAGUCCACUUCGAAUGCCGAGUUCAACCAGCCGGAGACGUCAAGAUGCAAGUUGACUGGUUCAAGGAUGGUCAGCCACUUGUUGCCGCCCAUCGUUUUCGACCAAUGUUCGACUUUGGCUACAUUGCUCUAGAUAUCUUGUACGCUUACCCAGAAGACUCUGGCACCUACACUUGUGUAGCUCGCAACGAAUUGGGAGAAACUGAAAGCAGCGUGAAUCUGACCGUGUUAGGAAAGGAUUCUUUGCUCUUGGAUGCUCAACAUCCAGAAGGCUUAGAGAGAAUUCAAGAACUCGAGCAGCCUAAAGACUUUGGAUUGGCUGAAGUACCAGACAGAGAAUGCGACAGUGCUCCACAAUUCGUGGGAGACUUGGAAGAUUACGAAGUUGAUGAACAUACUGACAUCAUCUUUGACUUGAAGGUAUGUCACAUGUGGUACGGCUUGUUAGAAAGUGUAAUAUUGCAAAAAAGAUAUUUUAUAUUAUAUGUUAUUAUGAAUUUCCAUAUUAUUUUCACAAAAUUUUAGGUCACUCCCGUAAACGACCCGACCAUGGUUGUUGAAUGGUACCACAACGAUGAACAACUGUACCAAGCCAAUCGCUUUCACCCAUUGUUCGAGUUUGGUUUUGUCACCUUGAGGAUCACUGGCGUGAUUCCGGAAGACUCCGGUACCUACACGGUGGUGGCGCGUAAUGCGUUGGGCGAGAACCGUAAACAAUGUAACCUGACGGUGAACGGAUACGAUGCGAUUGUGUCGAAGACACAGCACGAAGAAGCGCUUGGUAAAAUCGAAUAUCUGGAAAAUCUGAACAAGUACGCGAGGGAAGAGGUGGUGGACGCAGAGCCGGAGGUGAGUGUUCAUAAUAAGAUGCUUUUCAAGAUGUCUUUUCGAAAGUCGAGAUAGAGCAAUAAAGCGUUGUAACUUAAAGAAUGUGGGGUCGGAGCUCGGAUUGUUUUCAGAGCGGUCCUCAAUUUGUACAACCUUUGCCUGGCGACGUCGGCGAAGUCGAGGAAGGCGAACCUUUACAUUUGGAAUGCAAAGUGGAGCCAGUCAGCGACAACACCCUCAAGGUCUACUGGUUGCACAACGGGAACCUACUUCCACACGGUAGGUCUAAUUAGGACAGCUUUAAAUUUUGCAAAUUUUUUAAAUAAAAAUGAAAAAGUGUUUUAAUAUUUUUUAAUUAUUAAUUUUACUUGGAUGUUAUAAUUUUUGAUUCCUAUGACAAUUUUUCAGCUCACCGAUUCCGCACUUUCCACGACUUUGGUUUUGUAUCUUUGGAUAUUCUCCAUGUUUAUGCCGAAGACAGUGGCAGCUUCACGUGCGUUGCCGAAAACGCUUUAGGAAAGGCCGAAACUACUGCCAGUCUUCACUGCGAACGUAAGAUUUUACCUUCUGACAUAAAUCACGUAAUUAUUGUUUUUUUUAUAAAAGUUAAAUUAAAUAUUUUGAAUUUAGCCAAGAGCAAAGUAUUGGGUGAUACUCAACAUCCCACAAGUGUAGCCAGAAUCGAAGAGCUUGAAGCUCCAAAAUUGGCUCCAGAAGAAGAACCAGAACAAGAGAAGCAAGGAGCUCACUUCAUCCGACCAUUGAGUGGAUCAGUCCAAGCUGCUGAAGGCGAAAGCAUCUUCUUGGAGGCCCAAGCUGGACCUGUAGAUGACAAUACAUUAACAGUAAGUCUUUAUGAGUAUGCUAACAUCUUUAAUGCUUUUUUAAUGUACUUCGAAAAGUUUAAUUAUAAUAUAUUAAACUUCAGCAUGAAUGGUUGUUCAACGGUCAACCCUUGAUGCAAGCCCAUCGCUUCGUAACUAACCAAGAUUUUGGCUUCAUCGCUUUGAAUGUUCUGUACAUCUACCCUGAAGAUUCAGGAACUUACACUUUGAUCGUCAGAAAUGCCACAGGCAAAGCCAGUUGCGACAUCAACGUCGAAGUUGAAGCCAAGGAUGCCAUGUUAUUGGACACAUUCCACCCCUCAGCCGUUGAUAGAAUCACCGAGCUUGAAGCGCCCCGACCAGCCCCAGAGGAUCAACCCGAAGCCGAAAAGGAGGCUCCUCAAAUUAUCAAACAACUCGAAGCUAUCCCAUUGUCACAAGAAGCCACAGCUGUCCAUUUGGACGCCCAAUACACUCCAAUCGAUGACAACAGACUUCAGGUUGAAUGGUUGUUCAAUGGGCAGCCACUUAAGCAUUCGAACCGCUACAGAGUUACUAAUGACUUUGGUUACGCCGCUCUGGACAUCAACUUUUUGGUUGGUGAAGAUGCCGGAGAAUACACGUUGGUUGUGAAGAAUGACGCCGGUGAAGCCAACACAGCGACAGUCAUCGAAAUCGAAAGUGGAGCUCUGAUUCUAGACGAGACUAGUCAUCCAGAAUCUCUGCGUAGAAUCCAAGAAAUCGAAGGUGUGAAACCGGCUGAGCCUGAGGAAGAAGAACAACCUCCAGAAGCUCCACAAUUCACUGAACAACUCCAGACUCCACAGUCAGAAGAGAUCGUGGAAGGUCAACCGCUUCACAUGGAUUGUACCGUUAUUCCUAUUAAUGACAACAAGCUGAGAAUCGAAUGGUUCUUCAACGGGCAACCACUACAAUUCAGCUCCAGAAUCCGCACCAUACACGACUUCGGAUAUGUUGCUUUGGAAUUCUUACACAUUCAUCCAGAAGACUCUGGAACCUACACUUGCAGAGCCAUCAAUGAAGCUGGAGAAGCUGAGACCAGCCUUGACCUUAACAUCACCGGAAAGAAGAACAUCUACUUGGAGACUCAGCACGAAGAGUCGUGGAACAAGAUAUACGAGAUGGAGAACCGUGUCAUCGAACGUGAGCCAUCUCCAGAGCUGGUAUUCCCUCCACCCAACUUCACUCAACAACUCAACACUCUGGACGAACUUACAGAAGGUGAUCACAUUAGAUUGGAAUGCCGUCUUCAACCAGUCAAUGACCCUACUCUCAAGGUCACCUGGACUGUCAACGGCCAACCACUUCCAGAAGCCAGCAGAUGGAUUCAUUCCAGAAACAUGGACCUUAUUGUCCUUGACGUUCCAGGUGUUGUUGGAGAAGAUUCUGGACUUUACUCUUGCCAUGCUGUCAGUGCCUUCGGUGAAGCUACAACCUCUACCACACUUAAGGUCACUCCAACAGAUGCGUUGUUGUUGGAUACUCAACAUCAAGAAUCAUGGAACCAGAUUCAAGAGAUUGAAAACAGACAGCCUCCAGAACUGAUCGUGCCAGAACCAGAAAAGGUGGCUCCCAAGUUUGUCAACAAUCUGCCUCAACUUCCAGCCUUCGAAGAAGGAGAUCCGAUCCACAUCGAAGGACAAAUUGAGCCAACUGAUGAUAACCAACUGGUCGUCGAAUGGUUCUUCAAUGGCCAGCCUCUCAGCAACGGUCACCGUUACAGAACCGUUCACGACUUUGGUUACGUUUCUCUUGAUAUCUUGUACGCUUUUGCUCAAGAUUCGGGUACCUACACUUGCGUAGCACGUAACGAAUUGGGAGAAGCCACUUCCGAAACUACUAUCGACGUAGCUUCACAUCAAAUUCUCUACUUGGAUCCUCAACAUCCAUCCAGUUGGCAGAAGAUUCAGGAACUCGAAGCACCAAAGGAACAGCCAGAAGAAGCUGAACCAGCUCCAGCCGAGCCUCCUAAGUUCAUUGAACCCCUCGAGGCCUUACAGAGAAUUGGAGGACAGCCAGCUCACUUCAAGACAAGAGUUACACCAAACACCGAUCCGAAAUUGGUGGUUACCUGGUUCAAGGACGGCCAGCCACUCAAGAACAGCAACAGAUUCCGUCAUACCUAUGACUUUGGUCUGGUGGCUUUGGACAUUGCUUAUACUGUCGCUGAGGACGCUGGAACUUACACCGCCGUAGCCAAGAACGAAUCUGGAGAAGACCAAAUUAACGUAGAGUUGUCCGUCGAAGAGUACGGUACCAUUCUUUCUGACCCACAACAUGAAGCCAGCUGGCAACGUGUACAAGAGUUGGAAGCUCCAAAAGAGAAGCCAGAAGAAGAGGCCGAACCAGAACACGGUCCACCUCACUUUGUCACUCAAAUCCAAAGUGUCACUGACCUCAUUGAAGGUCAACCAGCACACUUCGAGGCUCAGGUCCAACCAAUCAACGACCCCAACCUCAGGAUCCAAUGGUUCCACAACGGAAGACCGCUGCCUGCCAGUAACAGAUUCGGAAUUAGAAACGACUUCGGAUUGGUUUCUUUGGACAUUCAUUAUGUUCUUGGACAGGUAAGACUUCACCGAACUAAUAAUUACAAUUGUAAAAGCUGUAUAUAACUAACAAUAAGAAAGACACUUAUGCAAACUUUUUCUGUUACAGGAUAUCGGAGAUUACCGUUGUCAAGCUUCAAAUGCUUAUGGCCAAGAUUCUACCGAAGCUCACUUGGAAUGCGAACGCAGACCAGGAAUUCUCUCAGACACUCAACAUGAAGAAUCAUGGAGAAGAAUUCAAGAAAUUGAGGCUCCAAAAUCAGAACAACCAGAGGCCGAACCAACCGUAUACCCAGCUCCUCAAUUUACUCAGCCACUUCAAAGCAUUGCCGAUGCUUCGGAGAACUCGAUCGUCGUGUUUGAAGGUCGUGUCAUUCCAAUCAAUGACCCUAACCUUCAGCUCCAGUGGUUCCGUGACGACACUCCACUUCAGCAGAGCAACAGAUACGUCAUCGUACAAGACUUUGGUCAUGUUGCCCUCAGAAUUAAUGGCGUAACAUCCUUCGACAACGGUGUUUACUCUUGUAAGGCCGUGAACAACGAGGGUGCUACGAUCACAAAUGCUUCUCUCAGCGUCGCUGGAUCUGAGAACAUCAUCGUCGACACUGCUCAUCCAGCUUCUCUUCAGAAGAUUGAGUACAUGGAAGGAAUCGACAAGAACCCUCGCCUCGAGUACCCAGAACAACAGUUCGACAAACCCAACUGGGUUCAGACCUUUGAGAACGUUGAGGUUGAAGAUGAAGGAGGAAUCAUCAAGCUUACGGGCUACGUGGAUCCAGCUGACGAUCCAGAGUUGAGAAUCGAAUGGUUCUUGAACAACGUUCCAUUGCAAAACUGUAGGUUUUUUUAAAAGUUGGUCAUUUUGAAAAUUGAGAGUAAAAUAUUCAUUUAAAAUAAAUUUUUUAGCCAACCGUCAUCACAAUGAAAUCAACUUCGGUCAAGUCGUCUUCACAAUCAUCCACGUUCUCCCUCACGACUCUGGAGUCUACACAUGUCGUGCCUUUAACCAGCACGGUGAAGCCUCAACCAGCGCUACUGUCAAGGUCAGUGACUACGAAGCCAUUCUUCGCAACACUCAACAUCCAGAAUCUUGGGAGAGAAUCCAAGAAUUGGAAGCCCCGAAGAUUAUCGAGGAAAUUGAAGUUGUCGAAGAAAAGGAAAAACCACGCUUCUUGACCCACCUGGAAGAUGCCAGCGACAUUCAAGAAGGAACACCUAUUCAUCUGGAAGCUACCUUCCAACCAGCCAGAGACAACGACCUCAAGGUGGAGUGGCAGUUUAACGGCCAACCAUUGGGAGCUUCUCAACUCAUCAAGACCAGAAGCGAGUUGGGUUGGGCCGCUCUUGACAUCAGUGCUGUCAACCCCGACCACGAAGGUGUCUACACGCUCAAGAUUGUCAACACUGAAGGUGAUGCCUCUACAUCAGCUACACUCAGAAUCGCUGGAAUCGGAGAAAUCCUUGGAGACACUACUCACGAAGAAUCAUGGCGUCAAAUCCAAAUUUUGGAAGCUCCAAAAGAAAAGGAACCAACUCCACCACCCGCUGAAUACGACGCUCCAACUAUCACUACUGAAAUUUCUGACAUCGAAUGUGACGAAGGAGAUUCAUCAGCAUUCGAAGCUGUGGUUCAACCAACCAACGACCCCAACCUCAAGGUCCAAUGGGUGCGCAACGGAGAACCAUUGUCCCACGGCUCCAAGUAUGCCAUCUCUCAAGACUUUGGACUUUGCAAGCUGGCUAUUGGUUACACAUUCCCAGAAGAUGCUGGAGUAUUCCAGCUUAAGGUUUCUAACGAUAAGGGAGAAGCCGUCUCCAGCGCUACACUCAAAUGUAACGCCAAAGAGGCCAUCUUGGGCGAUGUGCAACACGAAGAGUCGUGGCGCAGAAUCCAAGAAAUUGAAGCACCAAAAGAACCUGAACCAGAAAAGGAACCGGAACCAAAGGUACCACCCAAGUUUACUUCGCCAAUACAAAACGUGGCCGAACUUCAAGAAGGUCAACCGGCUCACUUCGAGACCACCGUGGAGCCUAUCAACGAUCCUGAAUUGGAGAUCAAGUGGUUUGUCAACGGAGAGCCGUUUGCUGCUUCAUCCAGAGCCAAGUUCAUCAACGACUUCGGUUGGGUUAUCCUUAACAUCAACUCGACCGAACUCAGAGAUACUGGUGAAUGGGUAUGCGUUGCUAGCAACUCAGCAGGUGAAGACCGUGUUUCUACCAACUUGAGUGUAACCGGUCAUGAAGGUAUUGCUUCUGACGCAAUCCAAGCCCAAUCGUUGGCCAGAAUCCAAGAGAUCGAAGCUCCAAAGGCUGGAAGACCUGAAGAAGAAGCUCCACAAUUCGAAUCACCAAAUAUCACCGUACAAUUGUCAGCACCUUCUGACCUUUCUGAAGGCGACAGCGUACACUUGGAAGCCCAUUACACACCAAGUAAUGACCCACGAUUGGUCGUAACAUGGUACAAGGACGGUCAAAUUCUGCCACAAGCCAAUCGUUACAAGAUGGUCAAUGACUUUGGCUUUGCCAUUUUGGACAUUCUGUACGUGUUAGCCCACGACUCUGGAGAAUAUACUGUUGUUGUUUCCAAUGAACAAGGAGAAGCCUCCACUUCAGCUACGUUGAGUGUUGAAGCAAAGGACGGUCUUGUUCUGGAUCCACUAGACGAAGGCAAGGCUAGAGCUGUUCAAGAACUUGAAGAUCUAAGAAACAGACGACCAGAAGUAGAAGACCUCGCUCCAGAAGAACGUGUACCUGUAUUCGUUCAACCGUUGUCUGCUCCAGCAGAAUGUGAGACCGGAGACCGUGCUCACUUCACAGCCAAAUACGAGCCAAUCAAUGACAACACUCUCGAAGUUCAGUGGUACCUUAACGGCCGCGCUUUGCUCAACAGCUCCAGAGUCAAGACCAUCAACGACUUUGGCUUUGUUGUUCUUGAGAUUUCCCCAGUAAUUCCCGAAGAUUCUGGAGAAUACACGUGUCGUGCCAGAAACAAGGCUGGUGAAGCUGUUACCAGUACUACAUUGACAUGUACACCAAAGGAUAACAUUGUUAGAGACACUCAACUGCCCGAUCGUAUGAAAGGAGCUCAACAGAAGAUCGAAGAGAUCGAAAGCCGUGGUCCGAAGCCGGAAGAAGAGCCGGAGUUGGUGUUUGCCCCACCCAAGUUCAAGAACCAACUUCAGCAACUUCCACAGUUGCGCGAAGGUGCUCUCAUCCAUCUGGACGUGCCACUCGAGCCUGUUAACGAUCCUAAACUCCGUGUCGAAUGGUUCCACAACGGAGAACCAGUUCGUGACAGUAACCGUAUGAAGACGAUUCAUGACUUUGGCUUUGUCGUACUCGAACUUAUCCCUGCUGAGCCUCAAGAUACCGGAAACUGGACUUGUCGCGCUACCAACGACUACGGACAAGACGAAGUGUCAGUUGAUGUUGAAGUUGUCGGUGACAGCGGUAUUUUGUACGAUUGGGUCGCACCUGGAGAGAAGAAGGACAAGAUCGAACAACUUGAACAAUACAUCAACCGUCCACGCGGAGAUCUUGUUCAACCAGAUGUUGACUACGAAGCACCUCACUUCACUGAAAAUCUCACAGAUUUGGGAGAACACACUGAAACUGACGCUACGUCAUUCAUGUGUGUCUUGGAACCAAUUGGUGACCCAAGCUUGAACAUUGAAUGGCAACACAACGGUCACUCUAUUCCAUACUCUAACCGUAUCCAGAUGACCAACGACUUCGGAGUAUUGACACUCACGAUCAAACACUUGAUCGCCCAGGAUUCAGGAGAAUACAAAUGCAUUGCCAGAAACGACAAGGGAGAAGCUAUAACUUCAGGAACCAUUGAAGUACGUACUAUUAUCGACGCCGAAGAACCACAAAUCGUGCAACCUUUGGUCGAGAACAUUGACGCCGACCAAGGCGAAUCCAUCCACUUGGAAACUCGUGUCUUGCCUAUUAACGACCCCAAACUCAAGGUCGAAUGGUGGAGAAACGGAGCUCUGUUGCCAGAAGCCAACAGAUACAAGACCAACUUCGAAUUUGGAUUCGUUACUUUGGAUAUUCUCUAUGCUUACCCAGAAGACAACGGAGACUACGAGCUUCGUGUCAUCAACGACAAGGGUCAAGCCUCUACUGUAGCCCAUGUCAAUGUGUUGGCUAAACCGUCACUUGAGUUUGCACCACAAGCCCCAGGAGCCACAGCCGAAAACAUUGAGCACCAUAUCAGACAAUUUACUCGUGCCGACAUCGCUUUGUCUGAAGACGAUGCGUAUGACCCAGCUAACCAACGUGCUCCAGAGUUCAAGACCCAAUUGCUUAACAUUGGUGUUGAAGAAGGAGACUUCUGUAGAUUCGAAACUCAGGUUGCACCACUCAACGACCCCUACCUCAAGAUCGAAUGGUACAGGGACGGCAAACCGGUUAACAUUGGUAACAGAUUCCGCAACAACCUUGAAUUCGGAUAUGUAUCCUUGGACUUGUUGUACGCUCUGCCUGAUGACACUGGUGAAUACACUUGUGUCGCCACUAACCAGUUUGGACAAGCUGUAGCUACCGCUAAAUUGGCUUGUUCGACUGCUAGCCACGUCAUCACUGAAUCCCAACUUCCACAAAGCUUGAAGGUCCGCGACAUCAAGAAACAGAACGAAAACUUGCACUGGUAAGUGUUAAUUAUUCUUCGGUAAAAUAUUAAUAGUUCAAUAUAUGAUAAAUAUUUUUUGUAGGGUUGACCAAAAGGGAGUGCAAGCUCGUCAAAAGCAAGCUCCUCAGUUUACUAUUUCACCAAGAAAUAUUCAAGUUACUGAAAACGAGCCAGCCCGUUUUGAAUGUGCCGUUGUGGGUAACCCCAAACCAAAGGUGAUCUGGUACGUCAACGGAAUUCAAGCCUUACAAGUAAGUUGAUAAUCUCAAUAAACAAUAUUUAAUAGGGUCAACGCUACAAGCUCAAUUACGAUGGUGUUCACUACUUGACCAUCACCCACGCUCGUAUUUCUGACGCUGGAACCAUUGAAGCCAUCGCUAAGAACUCAGAAGGCGAAGUGAUUGCAAGCGCCAACUUGGACGUCUUCCAACGUGACGACUUCCGUCAGCAGAAGCUGAAGAAGGGAACCCAGAAAACCAACGAAGAACUCCAAGAACGUGUCAACCAAUGGCAGAAGGAAACUCUUGGCCAAUUGGGAGAAGCCUUCGAGCAGAAACCUAAAGCCAACGUCAAUAAGCUUGUCCGUGUUGAACGUUCUAAACAUCCCGUUGAACCACUGGAGACCGAAGAACUGGUUCAGAAGUUCACUCGAACCAAGGACGACCAGUUCUACGACAAAUUGUCUUAUGUUGAACGCGAACGUAAACAGUUCGGAGGAUUGGAAUUGGAGCCAAUAUCAUUGAAACCCGGUCAAAUCCAGAAAUACCAACCAGAACGUGAACAACUGGAACCUGUGCAAUUGCGUGAAGUUGACAAACCAAAGGAAGAAAAGGAUCCUCAACGCUUCAGAAGCCCUCCACCAGACUGGGCUGCUGGAAACGUUAAGUUGGGAGAACCAGUCGGAAAGGUCAACCAGAUGGAGGAACCCGAACCAGAAGUUGUUGUACCAGCCAGAGACCAGGUCAAACUACGUGGAGCCAAGCCCAAACCAGCUGCUGAACUUCCAUCCAACGAACGUGUCCGCAUUCAAGAAGAAAAGGCCAAGAUUAGACAACCACAACAAGGCCCAGAAAUUGAAAAGGAGAAGGUCAUUCCACACAAGGACCAAGUUAACAUCAAACAGAAGUUCGCUCCAAAAGAAAUCGGACCAACCGACCACGUUGUUGUUGAAAGUGGACCACUUAAAGGAACUCCACAAGUUGUUAAAGAGUAAGUUAUAAAGACAUAUUAUGUACUACUACUAAUUGUAAAAAACAUGCUUUUUCUGUUGAAUUCUUGUAAAUAACAACUAUUGGUUUUAGUGAAAUUCCUCGUGUCACUGUUGCCAACAAGCCUCAGCCCACGAAACAAGUUCAAUCCCAAAAGUCUGCGCCUUCUAUUCAGAACCAGCUCCAACCUGUUCAAGCAGAGCUCGGAAGAUCGGCCAGAUUUGCCGUCAACUUCUCUGGUGACGCUCCAGUCACUGUCAAAUGGUAUCUUAACGGCAAAGAGCUUCGUUCUGCCUUUGAUACCCAGAUUAAAACGACUGAUGGUGAAUCUGUAUUGGAAUUGAACAAAUUGAAGUAUAACCACCAAGGAGAAUACACUGUCAAGUUGAGCAACGUCGGAGGCCAAGCUGAAUCUACUGCCAAUUUGACGGUUGGAGAACCAUCCAAGAAGGGAACUGCACCAGCCUUCUCUCAGAUCAUUUCCGAUCAGAGAGCGGCUCAGAACUCGAGCGUCACCUUCUCCUGCACGGUCAGUGGUGAUCCACCAACUGUGUCAUGGUUCAAGGAUGGAAAACCAUUGCCAAACGACUCCCGCUUUGAACGUGUACAAAACGGAAGCAACGUCGGUCUGACCCUCAACAACGUUGUAGCUCCAGAUGCCGGAGUCUACGAAUGCGUAGCCAAGAACCCAGCUGGUGAAGCUCGUUGCAAAGCCAGACUCAAUGUCAAUUUGACUAAAACUGGUAAAGGUGCCGAAGCCGGACCCAAAUACGAAGCUCCACGCUUCUCGACGCCUUUACAACCAAUUGUGGCUUCUGCUGGUCAAGCUGCUGAAUUCAGAGCUCAAUUCACUGGAUUCCCAGGUAACUUUUAA